AUGUUGCUGAAAUUUCUUCUGCCCUGUCUACUUUUCGUAUUUUCCAAAGAAGUUCUCGGAGCACAUGAAUGUGUCUGGAUCACGGGCCAGGUCAACUGUCAACAUGAUCCAUCAAAAAAUCUCAAUGUUGAGAUCAGGGUCUAUGAUCGAGAUUCGACAUUUUUCCUCCUCAAGCUGAUGGAUCCCGAUGAUUUGAUGGGAGUGACCUUUUCGAGCGAGAACGGUCUUUUCUCUUUGGACGGUUGCGGAGAUGAUUUUGAUUGGGUUCCAGGCUUCAAGAACAAACCCGAACCAUACAUUCAGAUUCGUCACUACUGCAACAAGGCCGAAGGAGAGACGAUCACUCUGCCUGAAUUCAGCACUUUUGUCCCCAACACUUAUGAGCUAGGCACGUUUCAACUCGACGGACCAUCGAAUGGUGCUCCCAAAGUGAAUCUGAAGACGAAUCGAACA